CUUACGUCACGCACCAAAUUACUUCAGGCAAACAAAAACUGACACGAAACAAUCCUUCAGAAUACUUCUCAAAAGUAGUUCAUUAUAGUUUUGAAUCUAGAUCAGUCGCUAGUUUUCUGAAAUUUUGUUCAGAAUUCAAGAGUUCAGAACUUGUAUUUGAUUCGCAGAUCGCAAACUCGCGAUAGAAAAUUUCUCAAUAAAACUUGAAUCCGAUUUUUCUCUAAAUCUGAGAGAACAAAAAGCAAGCAAAAUGAGCAAUCCUUCCUCGUCAGCUUUUUCGAGCUUUUCUAGCAUCGGCUCUUUGACCGAUCAGCGCUACGACCAGUACAGCAGCCAACUCUUCGACUUGAUUGACGAAAUUGAGCGGUUCAAAAUUUUGGACCACAUUUUGACAAUCCCCAGUGUCGUCGCUGCCGGAGAUCAGACAUCUGGAAAAAGCAGCGUCCUGGGAAAACUUUCUGGCGUCAACUUGCCGGUGGGUGAGGGGACUGUGACGCUCUGCGCUACGCAGCUGGCACUUCGGAAGGCGUCCCGACAAGCGUGUCGAAUGGAAUACCCGAGAGUCAAAGAAAUCGCAAACAUUGGAGAAAUUGCAGAUGAGAUAUCAAGCACCCAGUCCUUUUUAACGGAAGGAACCAGCGGGUUCAACUACACCGAAAUGCCUCGGAUUCGAAUUGAGAGCGAAAAAGCUAGAAACCUAACGGUCAUUGACCUUCCGGGAAUCAUUCACGCCGUACGUGCGAAUCAAGACGAAUCGGUCAUUGUUGAAGUUGAACAAAUGGUAUUACGUCACAUAACACCGGAAAAAGUGAUAAUUCUUUGUGUAAUUGACGUGACUCGUGAAUGGGAAUUGAACAAAGUUCUACGACUUGUUCGAGAUGUUGAUCCAUUAGGCUCACGAACCAUAGUUGUUUUCACGAAGGUCGACAAACUUCAAAACGAAAAGCCAAAAAUACGCGCAAUAAUGGACGAAGUUAGACGCCAAGAAUUCCACACGUUCAAACACUUCAUUUUUGUGAAUAGUUUAAAAGAUAGCGAUGAUGAAGAGUUUUUGUUUUUCGAAGCUCUGGCCAGGGAUACCGGGAUACCUUUAGACAACUGUACGUUCAAGAAUCUGUACAAUAAAGUAUGCUACAUGCUUCUAAAACCAGUUAUGGAAGAUUUUAGAGCCUCUUGGAACACAAUUGACGAAUUUAGAAACAGAAUUAUUGAAGAAAAAAAUAAGCUUCCAAUGUUCACGACUGAUGUUGCGAGAGUUGUGGAUCGAAAGUUAACCGAAUUUAUCGAAUCGAGUCGACAAAAUUUGCGAGGAGGUUUCAGUGACAAAAGUCUGGGUCGUGAUUUGUUUUCAAUGUACCGACAUUCUUUUGAUAAGUUUAAACGAGAUUAUUCAGCUGAAAUGGAGGAGAGAACAAAUCAUCCGAACGCAGAUGUAAGUCGUGUCGGUAACCAAUGGCGAAGACUGGAGCCCCAAAAUUUCCAUAAUUGGGAAAAUUUCAAAUGUUACGCAAUGCCAAUUGUUACGUCAUUUCAAAGUCCAGCAGCGCAUUGCAGAAUUUCAAUUCGAGAUACAAACAAGGAGUUUAUAAACAGUCUAAUAUGGGAAAUUUUUCAAGGCCAAAAAGCUCAUAUUGAUUUCCUGGAAGACAAAAUAAGCGAAAUUUUUGACUCUCAAGAUGAAAUUUUGGCAGACAGACUUGAACAACUCUACGAAAACGAAAAAUAUUUUUAUACAGACGAUGAAUUGUAUGAAAAAUUGUUGGAUAAAUAUCUGGAGGACGAAAGGUCACCUCAAGUUCAGAGGUCGUGGAAAAUUCUGCAGAGUUUUAUUCGGAAUAAUGAGCAGUUUGCGGCUGCGAUGGGACUUUUUCAGGCUGCACCGAACCCUGAUGCCGCUGAUCCUGCUGCCGCCGAAGCCGAAGUUCAUUACACCGAAGAGGAGUUGGCCUCCGUUUUGGGCAACUUGGGCAAAACUUUCAGAGGCGACCAGGAUUCGAAACACAGCGAGAGGAAGAAAUUAACUUACGAGACAGCUUUGAAAAUCUUUAAAGAAAUUGCGAUGGAUCGAAUAUCAAACACAGUUCCAUCCACCAUCCUCGUUUGUAUGAACGACGAAGUUCAGAAGAAGAUGCAACAGAUCGACAGACACAUUGAUGAGGUCAAAUCACUGGAAUGGAGGAAAUCCAGAGAAGAGAUGAGAAGGGAAGAACUGGACGCACAGGAGAAGCUGAUUCAAAAAUGGAGGAAGCAGUUUCUGAAAAUAGAGACGGAAGUGGGGCUAAUCUGAUCUUGAUCUAAAAACUGAACUGUCAUCAGUUAAAAUUAUGGCAGAAUUUUCCACUUGUUAUCAUUUUCUAUAAUC